GCUAGCGAUGUGUAGUCUGUUUAAUGUAACCCCUGUCAUUCUGAACCGCCGCUGCAGCGCCAUCUAGACUCAACGCGGCGACAUUAUUCUACAUCUUCUAGAAGAAUGGAGGAAAUUGACAUAAAGCUCAAAGCUGAUGGCAUUCAGAAAAAAGUCAUCUCUCCCGGAAAAGGACAGCUUUCAAGGUUUCCCGACGGAACAAAGGUGAAGUUUCAUUACCGCACCAGCCUUUGUGAUGGCACUAUGUUGGAUGAUUCCAGAACAAUGGGAGGUCACUGUAAACCUAUGGAGCUCAUACUGGGGAAGAAGUUUAAGCUUCCUGUGUGGGAGCAAGUGGUUACCACUAUGAGAGAGGGUGAAGUUGCUGAGUUCACCUGUGACGUCAAGCACACAGCUCUCUACCCUCUGGUUUCCCUUUCACUACGCAACAUCAGCCACGGAAAAGACCCACUGGAAGGACAGAGACACUGCUGUGGAAUAGCUCAGGUUCACUCGCAUCAUUCUAUGGGUCAUGCCGAUCUGGAUAAGUUGCAGGCCAAUCCACAGCCUCUAGUUUUUACCCUGGAAAUGCUAGAGAUCUUGCCUCCUGGAUCCUUCCAAAUGGAAAUAUGGGCAAUGACAGAUGACCAGAAAUUGCAGGCCAUACCACAAAUCCAUGAGGAGGGAAAUGCACUCUUCAAGAGUGGAGAUAUUACAGCAGCUGCCGAGAAGUACUACAAUGCCAUAGCUUGUCUGAAGGGCUUACAGAUGAAGGAGCGUCCGGGUGAUGAGAAUUGGAUCAAACUAGAUCACAUGAUCACUCCUCUCCUCCUCAACUAUUGCCAGUGCAAGCAACUUUUGGGCCAGUACUAUGAGGUUUUGGACCACUGCUCUUCUAUCAUCAACAAGUAUGAUGAUAACGUUAAGGCAUUUUUCAAACGAGGGAAAGCUCAUGCAGCGGUAUGGAACGAAACAGAGGCAAGAGCUGACUUUGCCAAAGUGAUUGAAUUAGACCCAUCACUUGAAACCUCAGUUGCAAAGGAGUUGAGGGCAAUGGAGGAUCGCAUUCGGGAAAAACAGAAAGAGGAGAAGGGACGCUACAAAAACCUUUUCAACUACAGCAGCAAAACCUCUGCUACAGCUUCCACGGGCUGAAACAAAGAUGAAAUUCCAAUUUUACAUUGAUGAGGAUGUAGUUAGGCCACUGUCAAGUUGGAGCACGUGCACUCUGAUAAAUUGAUCCCUCACAAGUCCGUCAUAUUGUUUAUUACCUCCUCAUCUUGUUUUAUUAGUAAUUUGGUAUACCAAUGAAGUGCAUAGCUUUGAAUGCACUUGAAUCCAUCCAUCAAUUUAUUCCUGGAGUAACCCAUCAUUUACUAAGAAGUGCUCAUUUUCAUUGAGUUGCUAAUGGGAUCUGCAUCUCCUGUGAACCAGAAAUGGGUAAAUACCAGCUUACUGCCUUGUUACCUUGUAUAUUCAGUCUUUGGAUACAGCUGAUUCAGAAAUUCUCCCAAGGGCAGUCUGAAUCAACCAAACCUAACAAGACAAUCUGAAGAUGUUAAAAUGCUUGUAGGAUUUCUCUCACUAUAUGCCCCUUUCCCUUAAUUUUGUUAUUCUUUUGUAUUUAUCAUGUUUAUUAAUUUUAUUACUAUUACUCUCAUUGUUUUUAUAUGUAUACUACAUUUUUAAUGUUGAAAGAAUAGGGAAAUUAGAAGGCAGAUGAAAUAUGAACGUGAAAGACACAUUGUUCACACUGUGAUGGCAUAUGUAAAAGUAUCCACUUCCCCAUCAUCAAAACUAAAAACAUGUACUUAUUCACCUUGUGUUGUUAAUUACUGGAAUUGUCAGUUAUAUCUAUAUGUCACUACAAAUAAAUCGCUAUUUUCAAAAUACUUUUUUAAAUAGGUGUUGUUGCAACUCGCUGCAUGUGUUGUGACCAAUGCCAAAUAAAGUUCUUUGAAAAUCACUUA